GACACGCAGCCGCGGUCGGGCUGCCCCGCGGCGGCGGCGGGCGCGGGCGGCCUGGCCGGGGCCGGUUAAAGGGACGAGUUGCAAACAGUUCAGGAAGUGACAAGUCGAUUUCCUCCUCCCUGGGAGCCGCUCGGUACAAAGCGCUCGGCGCCGGCAGGAGAGCGUGCGCGCGGCGGACCAGCCGCGGGCAGCCUGGACGACUUGGCGAGCGCCGGCGGCAACGGCGCGGGGUCCGCUCUCGGAGCGUCCCGCCGCGCACAGGAGUUGACCACACUUGGCCGUUUCCUGGAAGAGCCCCACCCCGAGGGUGAGCAGCCAAUGGGGAGCCGUGUCUGCUGACGUCACCAUCUGGGGGGUGCCCAGGAGGUCGCCUCUGCCCAAGCCUGCCCGCCCGAAGAUGGCUCGUGCCCACCCUGGGCUGGCGCCCAGUGCCUGAGGCCCUUACCAUGGUGAUGGUCCUAAGUCAAAGCCUCGACAAGCAGGGAGCUGACCCCGUAGCGUGCAGGACCUUCAGCCCUGAGCUGCACACGCCAAAGAAGAUGAGUCAAGGACCGACACUUUUCUCUUGUGGAAUUAUGGAAAAUGACAGAUGGCGAGACCUGGACAGGAAGUGCCCUCUUCAGAUCGACCAGCCGAGCGCCAGCAUCUGGGAGUGCCUGCCCGACAAGUGUCAGGACGGCGCUCUGUGGCACCGGGAGGCCGCGACUGCCUGCGCGGUCACCAACCUGAUCAAAGACCUCAGCCUCAGUGACCACAACGGGAACCCCUCAGCGCCCCCCAGCAAGCGCCAGUGCCGGUCGCUGUCCUUCUCCGACGAGAUGUCCAGCUGCCGAACGUCGUGGAGGCCCCUGGGGUCCAAAGUCUGGACUCCUGUUGAGAAGAGGCGCUGUUACAGCGGGGGCAGCGUCCAGCGCUACUCCAACGGCUUCAGCACCAUGCAGAGGAGCUCCAGCUUCAGCCUCCCGUCCCGCGCCAACGUGCUCUCCUCGCCCUACGACCAGGCGGGACUUCACCCCCGAUUUGGCGGUCAGCCCUGCCAGGGGGUGCCGGGCUCGGCCACCUGCAGACAGGCAGGCGACAUCUGGGGCCCCGACCCGAGCCCCGUGGGCGGGGCCCGACUGGACAUGCAGCGGUCCCUCUCCUGCUCGCACGAGCAGUUCUCCUUUGCGGAGUACUGUCCCCCCUCAGCCAGCAGCACCCCUGCCUCGACGCCGGAGCUGGCCAGACGCUCCAGUGGGCUCUCCCGCAGCCGCUCCCAGCCGUGUGUCCUUAACGACAAGAAGGUCGGCGUCAAGCGGCGUCGUCCCGAGGAGGCACAGGAGCAGAGGCCCUCCCUGGACCUGGCCAAGAUGGCACAGAACUGUCAGACCUUCAGCAGCCUCAGCUGCCUGAGCGCAGGGACGGAGGACCGCGGCCCUCACAGCCCCUUCGCCCUCCACAUCAGCAGUACCAGGUCCUGGACCGCCUUGCUCUCGGCCUCCGGCACGGGGGGCAGGACCCCUGCCGGGACCCCGAUACCCGAGCCUCUGCCCCCGUCCCUGGACGACCACCCCGCCUGCCAGGAGGAGCCGUGCUGCGAGGAGGCGGGUGGCUGCGCCCUAGGCGAGGGCUGCGGCGGGCGUGGGGAGCCGGGCACGGCCUGGCGGGACCGCGGGGCCGUCCGCAAUAGCCCCUGCUCCCUGGACGGCGAGCUGGACAUUGAGCAGAUAGAGAACAACUGAGGGGCCCCGGUCGGCGGCGGGGCGGGCAGGGCAGGGGGUGUGCUAGAAUCCACGGGCCUCCCGCCCCCCGCUCCCGCCGGGCGCUGGGCGGGCCCCCUGGGGGAGCCCCACCCCUGGGCCUGAUCAGCGCUUCCUGGAAGGCCUUGGGGCCCAGGAGCGAGCCCACCACCUCCCCAGACGCCGUCCCGCCCGCGGGGUCCUGGCCCAGCACCAGCCGCCUGGCCGGGCCCGCGGUGCAGGGUCUCAGCCUUUCACCAGCACCGCACCCACGCUCCGUGGAGCUGCCACGGCCGGGAGAGAAGCUUCUUGGUUUCGGUCGCCUUCCCCCUCUUUCCCAUGGGACGUCGGCGCAAGCGUCCCAGCCGUCCCCGCUGGGCAGUCCCGUGGCGCUGCGGCAGGGCCGGCCCGCUCUACGCGCUGACCGCCGGCCCGGGUUUCCGCCCGGGCUCGGGUCCCUCCGCUGGGGUCACGGCCCUUCUCGGCCUCCUGCUCAGGUUCAGUGGGGGGGAGUCGGCCCACAGCGCCCUCCCUCCCUCAGUCGUAUUCCGUGCCUUCUCUCCCAGGUCUCCAGCUUGGGGCCUGGGCGGGGUCGGGAGAGGCUUCCUUCCGUGGUGACACCAGAACCAUUUAGCCUUAAUGCCAAGUGCGGGGGACAGCGGCCCUGGGCUGCCGGGUGGCCUCCACAUCUGGACUCUCAGGGUCCAGGGAACAACUCGGGGCGCUCGUUAGAGGCCGUCUAGUUGGGUAGACAUUUGGUGGCUCUGUUGGCCGAAAAGGCAGAGCCACGAGCCCCUCCUGCGGCGUGGACGGCCUGGCCCCGGGCUCCCUGCCGCUCUGGGGGCUGCUCUGGCAGGGUCGGCAGCUGGCAGCCAUUCUCCGUGACCAACCUGUCACGGAGUGUCAGGUGAGUGGAGCGAUGUCACCAUAAAAGGGCGACCUCUUGAAAACGUCCUCAGGAAGCAGGACUUCUGUGCAGGCACACAGCCCCAGGCCCCGCGCUCGUUUUGGGCCGGAGGGCGUCUGCUGGCCGCUCUGGGGCCCCGCCGCCUUCACGCGCAGGCUCGUUGUCGGUGGGCCGGGGAGCAGAGGGCGGCGAGUGCCUCUCCCCGCCGCAGGCAUAGGGCGAGACGCGCGCGCACCCUCCCCGGCUCCGGACCCCCCGCCCCCCGGGGUUGCCGAGGAGCCCCGCCCCCCGACGUCUCCCUCCCAGACAGCUCCUCUCCAGCCCCGCGUGCACACGUGCCACCUGGGCUCUGCUGCCUUGGAAUCUGGCUUUUAGCAGCUUGGCGCCUUCCUCAGACGAUAGCAGUUGGGCCGGCUUGUGAGCGAGUCCCCUUUUUCCCGUGAGGCUGAACAUACCUGCGCGUUCCCUGGAGCUCGCUGCCGCGACAGAGGCUCUCUCGGAGUCACUUUGCUCCUGCACUUCUGUUCACGGCGGAUGCCUCACCGCGCAGGUCGAGUACAAGUGGCUCUCGCUUUCUUUCCACUGAGGAGAGAGACAGUACUUGGGAAACUUUACUUAAACCUUUACUUUUUUACAUCAAAGGCGAGGGGGCUCCAGUUCUCAUGUAUACUUGGCUUUUCUUAAAAAUCAGCCGUAAGAUGCUUGCAGAAAACCCAGCUCCGCGGCCCCCCAAGACCGUGUGGAAAGCCUCAGGCUGUAGAGCGGGACGGGUGUGCGGGCGCUGGGCAGGCCCUCCGAAGGCACGUCCCCUGGGGAGCCUGGGGAGUCGGGCCAGGCAGCCGGCGGCCCUGGGUGCGCCUGAUCCCCGCCUGGUGGCUCGUCGUCUUAGAGCUGAUCCAGAGGAGGCUGGGGCAGCUGUUCGGUGGCGUCCAGUGACCAACGUAUGAAUUCACAGAGUACGUGCUGGCGCCUCACGGCCUCAGAAAGCCUGGGGUGGGAGGUGUUGACACCUGGCCCGCACCAAGAGUGGCCAUAGAGGGCGCAUGCAGGACAGCAGUCCUUCCUGGGGCAGGACAAGCAGGAUCCCGCCUCCCUCACCCACCGAGAGGGGCGAGACUCAGCCAGGAUGGGCCUUUCCUCGGGGCCGGGAGGGAAGGCACCUGGCGGUGGGUGGGUGUCACAGGCCUGUGGUGCAGGGGACUCCCUUGGACCCUGCCGGUCACCUCCCCCCUUCCCAGGCCUGGUGGCAGGGAAGGACAGGCAGUGGCCCCAUCGUCCCCACCUCCCCGCAGGCUGGUCCUAUCAACCCAAAAGGCAGAAGGGAUCCCAGCCCAAGGCAGGGUUUGGCCCUCUCCAGCCGCCUCAGGCCUCUCUUGGCUGUUCCUGCCCCAACCGAAGCUCCUCGCCAAAGCCCACGACAGCAGCAGGGAGGGGAGAGGAUGGCCAGUGACCCCUCUCAGAGAAAGAGAUGGCCUUCCGGUGGCUUCCUGUCGGUCUUAAUUGAAGAGAGCAGACCUCAUCUAGAAGGUGCUGCCACGCUGCCAGAGGCCCAUCUGUGCUCUGCUCCUCUGGCACCGGGAAUUUGGUCUUGGAGGGAGGCUGCCUCUGACCCCAGGGGGCUGCCCCGGGGGGGCAGCAGGCGGCCUGGUGGGCCCCCCCAAGCCUCACUUCUGCGGGGGCCCCGCCUCUUGCAGCCCAUGCACUCCUGCCUCUGAGGAAGUUGAGAGCCGGGAGGGAGGGCCGUGUCAGGCCGUCCGCGGCCCCGGGGGCCCUGAAGGACAAGAACGGGGUCGUGGAUGGGGAGGGGGGCUUCCUGUCGCGGGGCAUCCCUGCUCACUCCAGAGGGAGCGCCUGCUAGAGCCGCUGGACUCAUGGGCUGCUGCCUGUGAGGGCCGGGCCGGGCCGGGGGCCAGGGCCACAGCCUCGCCGUUUACAUUACCGCAAACCCUCUUGCCUUACUCACGGUGGAGGCCGGGGUCCGGCGCAGGGCCCACAGGCAGACACGACAUCCAGGCCGCAGGAGAGCUUGUUCUGAUCAUGCAUACGAAUUUUCAUUCUCAGAAAGCCUUACUUUUCAGCAAAAUUUUUGUAGCAGGAAAGUCUUGUGAAUUUGUACGCGGAAAGAAAAUUUAAAUAAAGGAAAAGUCCACCUUAGAAAAAAAACAAACCCAACAUCCAAAUGGGUCUCCAGGCAGGGUUGGCGUGUGCGUUUCCGCACUCCGGCUGGCACUGCCGGGGGCCUCAGCGCAAGCCUUGGAUGCCCCGCCGCGGGCUCAAGUCGCGUGUGCUCUGGCCUUGGGGCCGGUCACCCAAACGAUGACCGCUUCAGGCCCCGCGGCCUGGGGCGCGAGCGGUCCCCCCCCUGCUCCGGGCGCUGGGGCGGCAGCCCGGCCAGGGCGGUGCCUCCGUGUAGGCAGUUGUGCCACGUCUUGCCACGGCCACACAGUUGGCCAGACCCCUCCCAUUGGUGCCAGAGAAAACCAUUCCUCUUGAAAGAGAAGAGAAAAAGAUUAAAAAAAAAAAAAAAGAAAAAAAAUCCCAGACCGCAGCAGAGAUCUUGUAGCCUAGGUAGGAUAGUCUGACCUUCUAGCAUAGUCUCUUUGGCAAAGAAAUUGUGUUUCAGUGCGGGGGGGGCGAUGUCCCGGGGCGCGGGGACGGCGAGUCGGCGGUCUCUGGGGCCGUGUGCGCUUUCCCAGCUGUACCUCGUGGGCACUGGGGAGCCUCAGGAAGUGUGGCGGCCAGGACGGGCAGUGUUGGGCCAGGCCCCUGCCCGGGGCGAAGCGCUGGGUGCAGAGGCGCUGGGUCUGUCCCCACCUCCACCCACCGCAGCCUGUCCUCCGCACGGGCCGCGACUGUCUUGCACUAGAGCCGCUCUAGUCUCUCAGGAAUUUGCUUGUUACUUUUACUGUGUAAAUAAAGCUUCCUGGUUCAAUACCCA